UUUAAAAUACUAUUAUAAUGUUAGUAAGACUUGUGAGUUUGUGACUGUGUACACAAUAUCAAGAAGCUUCGAAAUAUUUCACACACUUUGAAUUGAUAUUUAUAAUUUUGUGUACAACCGUGUACUUCCAAAUUUAGAUCUACGCAAAACUAGCUGCUGGACCACUAUGGCUCAAUAUGACCAGAAUCUACUCUCCGAUAUGCUUCCCAUAUAUUAUACGAGACUGUUCCCUCAAAACAUAUUCUGUAGAUGGCUGGGUUGUGGCAGUCAUCCCCAGCCUUUAGCACACAGGGAGCUAUCAUUUACUCUUGCUGAUGAUGUGUACUUGAGGUACCUGUCUAUAUCCAAUCAGAAGGAGCUUCAAACAUUACUACAGAAGAAGUGUCCACAUAAACUUGAUAUUGGGGCAGUGUAUAAUACAAGGCCUUCGAUAGCUCGCCAUGGCUCAGUAGUUCUAUCUCGAGAAUUAGUCUUUGACAUAGAUCUUACAGACUAUGAUGAAGUCAGAACAUGUUGCCAAGAAGCCAAAGUUUGUGAAAAAUGUUGGAAGUUUAUGGUUAUAGCAUGUGAAAUUAUUGACGUGGCUCUGAAAGAUGAUUUCGGAUUCCAAAGCAUUCUUUGGGUGUUUUCUGGACGAAGAGGUGUACAUUGUUGGGUGUCAGACUAUGAAGCACGCACAUUGGACAGCCCCGGGAGAGGAGCUGUUGCAGAUUACCUUUGCCUCAUCAUGGGUGGAGACAAUCAAAGUAAAAAAGUCCAUUUAGGAAGUGAUAAUCUUCACACAAGUAUCAGGCGAGCCCUCAAUGUCAUUGAUAAAUAUUUUCUGGAUAUACUACAAGAUCAAGAAUUCUUUGCCAAUCCAGAUGGGUUGAAAAAACUUUUGGCAUUGAUACCAGAUGAAGCAUUUAAAUCAUUAGUAGAGAAAACAUUAGAGAAAAUGCCAGAUUCCUCUGUAGAACGGUUUAAGGCUCUUACAAACAUCUUUGAAUCACACUGUCGAGAGAAUGGGAUUUUUUCACGUAAAUUUAAAUACCUUAUAGAAGAAAUAAAGAUCCAAUAUUGCUAUCCAAGAUUGGAUGUCAAUGUAACAAAAGGAUUCAACCAUUUGCUGAAAUCUCCAUUCAGUAUUCAUCCAAAGACUGGAAAAGUAUCAGUUGCAUUUAAACCUAACAAUGCAAAGAACAUGAAUCUAGAUGAAAUCCCUACUAUUUACACUUUACUGGAUGAUAGUGCUGCUGAGAAUGCUAAACAUCAAGCAAAUAUGAGGACUGCAGUGAAGGUCUUCCAAGAAGUAGUAUUUUCACUGGAAAAGACUGAAGCACUCAGGAGAAAAAGUGAAAAUAAUAAGUCAUUAGAGUUCUGACACGGAGUGGAAACUUGGGAAUGGCGCCAGUUUAAAUGGAACAACUUAGUGCCACAUUCAGGAAGUCCUCGAAUCCAAUAGUGACAGUUCCAUUUUGUUGCGUAUCCCGCACUCUGAAAGCUUCCGUGAAACGUUGUAUCUGGACACAGAGGACAAUGAACUGGUCCACUGAGAUCUUGCCUUCUUUUGGGUCGCAACGUUUAACCAAAAACUUUAUGAACUCCGGAGUGAAGCGAAACCCCAUUUGUGUAAAUGCUGUAACAAACAAAAAACAAUAAAUGACUUUAUUCAUAAA